CGGCCCCCACUGCGGCCCGCGCGCCCGCCCCCCGCACGUGGCGCCCGAACUCGGCGCGGACCCGCUCCGCAAAGUAACUCUCGUCCCAGUGGAAUAGAAGAUGAACUCAACUGAAUUCAGUGAAGAUGUAGAAGAAGUUGUGAGAAACAGCGCCGUGAAGGUAGAGGAGGACCAUGCUGCCCUGGACUGCUCCCGGAAUUCCAGGGGCCUUGAGAAGCACCCCUUGGACAGCGUCCUCUCUGCUCUCCAGGAGUCCAGCAAGAGGAAGCAGCUGGGCAGCGACGGCCAGCCAGACUCUGUCCCCAGCGUGAAGAGGAGACGGUUGAUACCUGAGGCCCUCCUAGCAGGCAUGCGCAACCGUGAGAACAGCUCACCCUGCCAGGGAAACGGAGAGCCAGCCAACAGGAGCAGGAGUGGGAGCUGUGUGUGGUCUGCUGAAGAAGAGCCUUCCAGUGGGGCCACCACCCCUUCCUACAAGAAGCCUCUGUAUGGCAUCUCCCACAAGAUCAUGGAGAAGAAGAACCCUCCCUCUGGAGACCUGCUCAGCCCCUGUGAGCUCUUCGAGAAGGGAAACCCCAGCACCAGCCCCGCUCCUCUGCGCCUGCUGAAUGAGUCUCAGAAACGGGAGUGUGGUGCUGGGGCGGCCACUGACGGGGAGCCCAAUAUCUGCUUCCUGAUCCAGAGGAUGCUCUACAUGCUCAACACGCUCACAUCUAACAUGUCCCAGCUUCACAGCAAGGUGGACCUGCUCUCCCUCGAGGUGAGCCGCAUCAAGAAGCAGGUGAGCCCUUCGGAGCUGGUGGCUAAGUUCCAGCCUCCCCCUGAGUACCUGCUCACUUCUGCAGAGCUGAAGCAGAUUGUGGAGCAGAGCCUGUCCUGCAGCGACCUAGCCUGUCGCCUGCUUGUGCAGCUGUUCCCGGAGCUCUUCAGCGGCGUGGAUUUCUCCCAUGGCUGCAGUGCCUGCGGCUUUGCCGCCAAGCGGAAGUUAGAGUCGCUGCACCUGCAGCUCAUCCGCAACUAUGUGGAGGUGUACUACCCCUCUGUGAAGGACACAGCUGUGUGGCAGGCUGAGUGCUUGCCACAGCUGAAUGACUUCUUCAGCCGCUUCUGGGCCCAGCGGGAAAUGGAAGACAGCCAGCCAGGCGGCCAGGUCACCAACUUCUUUGAAGCUGACCAAGUGGAUGCCGGCCACUUCCUGGAUAGCAAGGACCAAGAAGAAGCUCUGUCUCUGGACCGCAGCAGCACCAUUGCCUCGGACCAUGUGGUGGACACACAGGACCUCACCGAGUUCCUGGAUGAAGCCUCCUCCCCAGGCGAGUUUGCCGUGUUCCUCCUGCACCGGCUCUUUCCGGAGCUGUUUGACCACCGGAAGCUGGGUGAGCAGUACAGCUGCUAUGGCGACGGUGGUAAGCAAGAGCUGGAUCCCCAGAGGCUGCAGAUCAUCCGCAACUACACGGAGAUCUACUUUCCCGACAUGCAGGAGGAUGAGGCCUGGCUGCAGCAGUGUGCGCAGCGCAUCAACGAUGAGCUGGAGGGGCUGGGGCUUGAGGGGGCCAGCGAGGGCGAGGCCCCGCGGGACGACUGCUACGACUCCUCCAGCUUGCCAGAUGACAUCUCAGUGGUCAAGGUAGAGGACAGCUUCGAGGGCGAGCGGCCUGGCCGGCGCUCCAAGAAGAUCUGGCUGGUGCCUAUUGAUUUUGACAAGCUGGAGAUACCACAGCCUGACUUCGAGAUGCCAGGUUCGGACUGCCUGCUGAGCAAGGAGCAGCUGCGCAGCAUCUAUGAGAGCAGCCUGUCCAUUGGCAACUUUGCCUCCCGCCUGCUGGUGCACCUGUUCCCGGAGCUCUUCACCCACGAGAACCUGCGCAAGCAGUAUAACUGCAGCGGCUCCCUGGGCAAGAAGCAGCUGGACCCUGCCCGCAUCCGGCUGAUCCGCCACUAUGUGCAGCUGCUCUACCCCAGAGCCAAGAACGACCGCGUGUGGACUCUGGAGUUCGUGGGCAAGCUGGACGAGCGCUGCCGACGCAGGGACACGGAGCAGCGGCGCUCCUACCAGCAGCAGCGCAAGGUCCACGUGCCUGGCCCCGAGUGCCGGGACCUAGCGAGUUAUGCAAUCAACCCCGAGAGGUUCCGAGAGGAGUUUGAGGGGCCCCCGCUGCCUCCUGAAAGGAGCAGCAAAGACUUCUGCAAAAUCCCCUUGGACGAGCUGGUGGUCCCCUCGCCCGACUUUCCGGUGCCUUCCCCUUACCUGCUGUCAGACAAGGAAGUUCGUGAAAUUGUGCAGCAGAGCCUGUCAGUGGGCAACUUUGCAGCCCGGCUCCUGGUUAGGCUCUUCCCUGAGCUCUUCACGGCUGAGAACCUUCGACUGCAGUACAACCACUCCGGGGCUUGUAACAAGAAGCAGCUGGACCCCACGCGGCUGAGGCUUAUCCGCCAUUACGUGGAAGCUGUCUACCCCGUGGAGAAGAUGGAAGAGGUGUGGCAUUAUGAAUGUAUACCCAGCAUUGAUGAGCGGUGUCGCCGUCCCAAUAGGAAAAAGUGCGACAUCCUCAAGAAAGCCAAGAAGGUGGAGAAGUGACAGGGGCUGGGACUGCCCAGUGACUUGGGUCACCACAGGCUGAGCAAUGGGUGCCCUUGGGACUGAGCAUCCUCCGGAGCUCAGGUAUGGUACCCACAGACAGGCACCUUAUGCCAGUGGGGAGUGGUUUCCUACAUUUGCACACGUAAACACGUACCCAGCCACAAGAAAGAAGCCUUCGAUUUGGUCUCUAGUAUUCAUGACUUUGUUCUGUGUUCCCUGGUGGCACAGCCAGAGUUUGGGAGUAGCCAAGCUGUGAAAUCAGAAUUGAUAGGGUAGGGUCCCUUUUCAGGGCUGGGGAGCCCUCCCUAGCGCUCACGAUUCAAAACACAAAUUUAGACUAGAUGUGGUAGCUGACUUCUCUAGGCAGAGGCCAUUGUACCUCAGUGAGUUCAAGGCCAGUCUAGUCUACAUAAUGAAUUCCAGGCCAGCCAGGGCUACAUGAUAUAAUAUAAAUUCAGCAGCUUGUUUCUCUCCCCAUGUUUUACAUCUUCCUUUUUAAUCUUUUUAUGUUUGUUUAUUUUAAUUGAAAUGAAAUCCUUUUAAAGAAAAUCAUUGGGCUCUUUGGGAGCCAUUUUAUUUAGGAAAAAGAUAUUUGAGAUGAGAUACUGUAAGAUUACUUCACUUGCUGGGGUUUUUAAAGAUGAUUUUAGAUUUAUGCAUUUUUAAAAGAUGUCAUAUUCAGGCAUUAUGGGUAACUGGCUUCAGGUGACACGGUGACUAGUUUUACUAAUCCUGUGUUUGGCAUCUGAUAUUGGAAGAGUCCCGAGGCCCUUGGAUGCAGCAGAUGGGAUGGAAUAUAAGUAAUGUAAGUAGUUAGUAGCUCUUUGAGUUUCCCUUCUGCUGUGGCCUCAGAAAGGUUGCCUGUGGCUCAGCCUGUGUGCCGCUGCCCUGUGGUGCUCACUGUGUAGACGCGAACACUGGAAGAAGUAUGAAUGUAGAUAGAUGUGGAGCAUAGUUCACACGUCUUCACCUGAGCCCCGUUCCCUCUCCACAUAGACGUUGGAUGGGAGGGACAUACACAUUGGAACGCAAUGUGUAGGGACAUUUUUGUGUGACUCAUGGGUGGGCUGCUUUGGGGUUCACCAAGAACUGUUUACUUUCCAUGUAUUUGUCCAGAGUCCCUAUCCCCAUCUGCAGUGUUAGCUCCUCCCAUGAGCUGCAAGGCCUUUACCUCUAAGAGCCCAGGGCUCUUUUGUAGGUGUCGGGAAGACCCAGACCAUCUUAAAUGGAGCACCCAUGCCCCACCCCGCCCCACUCAGACCUUCCCCUCAAACCUUCCAGGAAGUUCUGCCGUCCUCUCCUGGCCCACCCCUAAUGUGGAGGUCACAUCUCUUCCAUCUACCCUUCUCCACUGGGGCCAGAUGCCUAGGAAGGAAAGGAAGCAGGGUUUCCCAAUCUGAACCCAUCUUAUCAUUGGCCUAGAAAAUUGAUUGAGUUGCCUAGGGUAGUCAUAAAACCCUUGUGGGACAUUACAAAUGUGAUAACUUAAUGGCUUACUAUUAUGCUACCUUAAUAUGCAGAAAUUAUAGAAAUAAUCUAUGAAUUCUCUCAUACAGAUAAGAACUUAGUUCUAGUAGACAGUAUGAUAUAAUUUUGCAUGUACCCAGUGGGCAUUUAAAAAAUAACAUAAUUUUGAAUACUGUAAAGCUUCUAUUCACUGUCUUUACAGAUUAUUUAUGCUGUAACUGUAAACCUAAAUUAUUGAUUCUGAGAGGUGCACAGGAACUUCAUGGCUCUGUCACGUGCCUGUCACCCAUACCUGCAAACAUCUCCUUAUUAAAAAGCGAGAUGGGGGGGCUCCACAAAGCAACCUUCUUUGUGCCCAGAAAGAAGGUAAUGGGGGCAGCCAGAAGACUCCCCCUUUCCCUUAGCUGGGGCCUCUCUCCGAAUGCCUUAGACAAACAUGCAUGAGCACGUGUGUGCUCGCGUGCACACACACACAUACACAUACAUACACACACACACAUACACAACCCCAAAGAUGGCCAUGGUGCUCUCUUACUGCUUCCACUAGUUUGAGAGAAUUCCAUGGGAUUUUUUUUUUUCUGGUCUUGAGGAUGUAACCAAGAGGAUUUCAAGCCAUGUGAGAACUGUCCUGCUUUUUAGAGAGCGGAGUGGCCCUGCAAUGUCACAAGCACAGCCGGUUACUAGAAGUCCGCUCACAUCAGAGAAACGGCAGGUUCUACGAAUGAAGCAGAACUUUUUGUAAGCCAGAGCGUGUUAACUUCUGGGAAACUGUAUUUCGGUUUCCUUAACACUUUAACCAUGUAGGGCUUCAUCCCUACCCCACCCCCACCCCAGUCUCACUGCCCCUUGGUGGAAAGAGGCGGACACUCUGGGAGCUGUUUCCUGUCCCUGGACUGUAUGGUUCCUCACCCAGCCGUGCAGGUGGCUCCAGGGGGCAUUUCUUUUCAUGAAGCAAUAUAAAUAUAGAAUACUUAUUUUUUCAGAAUUAAAUGGGUUUCAUGAAAUCUGUUGCCGACUGCUUUCCUUGUUCCCCAUCUAAAUUCUUCCUUCGUGUUUGGAUUAUUUUUGCCUUGUACACAGUGGACUAAAGAUUAGCACAGACAUUCUGACAUUGAGUAAGGUAGUAAGUAUGUCACAGUGGGUGGUAGAGGUCUUGUUUUUCUCUGUUAGGAAGUUGUUAAAGAGUGUAUGAAGAUAGUCAUGAAUGUAUAGUGUUCGAAUCCUGCUUUUAGUUCAUGUGGCCAUGUCUGUAUGAUGACAAACGUUUGUCAGGGAAUAAAGUGUCUAGUGUCAUUAGCACUCAGUGACCCCCCCCCCUUCAGUGUUGAGCCCCAAACCUUCCUUUCCUUUUAAGGGGUGAGGGGCUCAUAUCCGCAGCAAUCAUCAACCGACCAAUGGGAUCUACUUAGUGGUGACUGGAUUUGGCCUGAUCAUACCACAGUGUUGCCACUUGGGUUCUUGUAGAGAUAGCCUCACUUUCUACCGUUCCCCCAGAGAUUGCAUCUUGCCUGACCAGGAGGGGCCUGGAGACUCCUAGCUGGAGUCACUGGGUCAUUCUGAAGUAUGGGUGAGGGCCCAGGGCUGGUACUUUUGUGGGAAGUCCUUGCCUCUUGUAGAUCCAGCCUUAACGUCUGACAUCCCAGCAUGAGCAGACCCUGCACAAAGUGGGUAUCAACGUUCCUACUGUGAGGAGUAAACAAUGAGGACAGUUUUACCAAAGAGAAUGAGAUACCACAUCAUGUCUGCCUGUUACCAUUGAUUUGAGUGCGCCCUUAGAAAACUGAAUGUAACAAAACCCAGGACAUUUUGGAAAUUGUAUGCUCUUUAGCAACUUUGUGUGAAUUUUUAUACAAGCACUGUUUUAUUAAUUAUAUAAAAUAUAAAAAUAGAAAAAC